AUGUCUCAUUCAGGGGAGGCAGCGACGCGCCAGGCCGAUGAAGAGCAUGGCGCGUCUAGCAUACACACUACGGCCACGACGAAUCAGGCCAUGAACCUAGGCAAAUGGCGGCGAGUGGCAGGCUUGGUGUUGCUAGCCAUCACCGUCCUGCUCUGGACGGCUACCAAUUUCCUGGCUUCGACCAUCUUCGCCGACGAUACCUACAGCAAACCCUACUUCGUCACCUACGUCAACACAUCCUUCUUCAUCCUACCCCUAAUCCCGAUUCUUAUCAACAAGGCAUAUCGAAACCCGGAGGAACUCAGGAGAUGGAAAGAGGAAGUCAGCACAAGAAUUCGCCGACAGUAUACGGCCGUGCAGCAAGACGAUGCUGAAGCGCCCAGCUAUCAUGACAGCCCAGUGCUCACAACCACGAGGACGAGCUCGAGAUCACCCAUGCCCGACAUCAGGCUAGGCGGAGCAAUGGAGAGAAGCUUGGAAUUGCCGCCAAAGGAUAUGCUUGAGGAUGCACAGCCAGGACCAGCACCGCCUCUGACCCUGGCCGAGACUGGCAUGCUCGCCUUGGAGUUCUGCAUGCUGUGGUUCCUCGCCAACUACUUUGUUGCCGCUUGUCUGCAGUAUACCACUGUCGCCUCGUCGACGAUUCUCACCAGCACCAGCAGUGUCUUCACCCUCGUCUUUGGCGCCAUGUUCAAGGUGGAGAAGUUCACCAUCCGCAAACUGCUCGGAGUGACGGCUUCUCUGGCUGGCAUCAUCCUGAUCUCAACCAUCGACUUGUCCGGCAGGAACAGCGACGAUGAACAUCGCGGAGACUUUCCGGAAAAGAGCACGCGCGAGAUGGCUGUGGGAGACUUGCUGGCCUUCUUGUCUGCCAUCAUGUACGGUCUUUAUGCCGUCUUCAUGAAGAAGCGCAUCUCAGAUGAGACGCGUGUCGACAUGCCCGUGUUCUUCGGCCUGGUCGGCAUCAUCAACGUUCUCAUCCUCUGGCCUGGCUUCUUCAUCCUGCACAAGACUGGCAUCGAGACCUUCGAAAUGCCUCCUACCGGCUUCGUUACUGUCAUCAUCCUAUGCAAUAGCAUUGGAAGCUUGGUCAGCGACAUGGCAUGGGCGUAUGCAGUGUUGCUCACUUCACCCAUCGUCGUUACUGUCGGGCUCAGCUUGACGAUCCCAUGCUCGCUCAUCGCACAGAUGGUGCUCAACAAUCAGACGGUUGGACCAUGGUAUUGGCUUGGAGCGUGCAUCGUCGUGCUUAGCUUCCUCUUCGUCAACCAUGAAGAGAAGGAGGAGGAAGAAGCGGCACCUGAGGAUGUUACUGUCACCGAACGAUCGCCUACCAAUGCCACCUAA